AAAUUGCACGAGUAGCACGUUUGGCUUCCCACAUACCAGUAGCGACCACCUAUCCACCGCACCGCCCAUCCUUACGCCGCCAUUCCCUCUACUCGAAUCGCGCGGAGCGUUCCCAAAUUGCUCGCCGUCUGUCGCGCGGUUGCUUCGCCUGUGCGCACCUCCGUCGCGGCGUCCUCGAGCCCCUUCCCCCCCGCGCCAUGGCGCCAUCGCCGGACGUGAAAGUGCCGGGCGAUCGUCUAGGGCUCGCGUCGGAGCUCGCAGUGGGUCCCGGCACUUACGCGCGCGGCCCAUUCGUGUACGCCAGCACAACGGGCGCCAUGGCCGUCACGCCCGGCGAACCACUUCCGACAGUGUCAGUGCGGCGCGCGGGAGCGCAAACUGCCAUCCCCAGCGUUGGCGCAACAGUCAUUGCGAAGGUGGCAAGGGUGACGCCGCGAGCGGCUAUGGCGGACAUAGUGUGCGUGGGCGCGCAUGCCGUCACUGACAAGUUCUCAGGCAUCGUCAGGCAGCAGGACGUGAGAGCAACGGAGAUAGACAAGGUGGAUCUGCUGGCAUCGUAUCGCCCCGGUGACCUCAUUCGAGCUCAAGUGCUUUCACUGGGAGAUUCUCGGGCGUAUUUCCUAUCCACAGCCAAGAAUGACCUGGGAGUCAUACUGGCCAAGGGGGUCGCAGGUUAG